AUGUUCUUGUGUCGACUCAGGCACAGUGAUGAUGGGAGUGUCUUCAACAUAAACCGCAGGGAGGGUAGGCCCACCAUAUCGCCCUAUGCGAGCCAUCAAGUGGUCCUCCCAGCAACCCAAGUUUUCCGAGAGCAUGAGUACUACCUCCUCCCUUUUCGACCAUACAACAUCCAGCCCGGGCACGAGCCCGGCGAAGAAUUUCAAAGCUGCGGAGGAAAUAAACAUCUUGAGAUGGUGUUGAUCCGGGCUGAAGAUGUCGGGAGUGCAGAUUUCUUGGAUGAUGAGGAAUGGUCAAAGCUCCAGGAGUGGAAGCUCGAGAAGCAUCCCUUCGUCUACCUUGACGGUGACGGAAACUUGAACUACCGCGUUAUCAAGAAAGUUUGGUGGCUCAUCUUCACCCCAUACCACGUCCCAAUUCCUAAUAACGCACAUUGGGAAGAUACUCGGUUGUGGCGAUCUCCUUGCAAAAAAUCGGGUGGGAUGAAACCGAGGGAAGUUACCAAUCCGUUAACGAAGAAAUUGGUGGAGAACCUCCCAGGGUUGUUUGCUUAA